AUGUUAACUUCAGAGCAAGACGAGCAAGACUUAUCACAAUCUUGUGAAGCUAGUUCUGAGAGCAUAAGAUCAGCAUCUUGCGUCCUAUCAAAGCAACCGCAAGUUAAUGCAUUUAAAUUAGCGUGUAAUCUUGAAAACUGUGAAGAUUCUUCACGAUCAGAGUCAUGUUACAUAGAGGAACUUCAGCAUGAUGAAGUUAUUGCCAAGUUGGAUAAAAAUAUAAUUGCUGAGGAAACAUUUGGCGUACAACAGAUGAAUAUUCCUUCGCUUUUAGUCUUUGAAAAAUAUGAUGAAAAUGCCGUUAUCGAGUUCUUGGGAAAAUAUCAGCCAAGAUAUACCGAAUUUUAUGAAAAAUUCAAAGAGCAGGUUGUUAUUGGUGAUAAUUUUAUGUGUUUAACUGAAAAUUGUCUUAAAAAAGAUCCUUUUAACUUUCCUGUUAGAGCGAUUAUGACAAUCAUAAAACAAGACCAAGUAAAUGAUGAGAUCGAUGAAUUGCUCAUUCAAGCCUUUGAUAAAUUUAAUGUAAAAGAAAUAGCUCCAGAAACCCACGAAGGCUAUUCAGAAUCAAAACUAAAAGAAUUAUGCGAGAGAAAAAUAUUCUAUAGAACUGGCAGAUUAUACUACAAGAGAAAAUUCGGUUCACAAGCAGACUAUAAAAUCGUUUCUUGUUUGUGCAGGAUUGAAGAAGUUUGUAACGAUGGUCUUUCAGUUAUUAUUCAUAUUAAUAAUAAGAAAAGGUUGAGUCCGAAAUGUGAUAGUUUGUGA